UUCUGCAGCCCCUGCUCCAAUUAACAGUGGUGAACGACGCGCCGUGGAUUCUAACAGUGGUGAACGACGGUCCCAGUUCGGGAACGAUGGUGAACGACGCGCCGUGGAUUCUAACAGUGGCUGCCUCCACCAUUGAUAGGGAUUUUGAGUCUGAUGUUGUGUUGGGCAACAAAAAAGUGAUCAAGGGCGAAGGUAUAAAUUUCUCUGAUCUUCAAAAGUCCCCUGUAUACCCUCUAAUACAAGGCAAGUCAGCCAAGAAAGCGAGUGCCAGUGAAGACAGUGCAAGGAUUUGUUCUGAAGAUUCCAUGGAUGAAGCUCAAGUGAAGGGAAAGAUAGUUAUUUGCGAAAGCAGUGUCGAAGGAGGUGGUUCGGAUUGGCAAAGUCAGGCGGAAACAGUGAAGAGUCUUCAAGGGGUUGGGGUAGUUUUAAUUGAUGACGACUCAAAAUUAGUUGCAGAGAAGUUUACUACUCCCAUGACAGUUAUUAGCAAAAAGGACGGUCCUGAGAUCCUCUCCUAUGUUAACUCAAGCAGGAAACCAGUUGCUACAAUUCUCCCCACUGAGACCAUAAUAAACUAUAAGCCAGCACCUGCUAUAACAUAUUUUUCAUCCAGAGGGCCUAAUCCCGCAGUAUUAAACAUAAUUAAGCCGGACAUAUCAGCACCAGGAGUGAACAUUCUUGCAGCCUGGCUUGGAAAUGAUUCAAGUUCAACUCCACAAGCAACAAAGUCACCACUCUUCAAUGUGAUCUCAGGAACUUCAAUGUCCUGCCCCCAUGUCUCUGGCGUAGUGGCCUCUGUAAAAUCUCAAAACCCCACAUGGAGUCCCUCAGCAAUCAAAUCAGCCAUCAUGACAACAGCAAUCCAAACGAAUAACUUGGGAUCGCCUAUGACUUUGGAUACGGGAUCAGUAGCCACACCUUAUGAUUAUGGGGCAGGAGAAAUAUCAACCAAUGGAGCAUUACAACCAGGACUAGUCUACGAAACUAGUACAACAGACUACUUACUAUACCUUUGCGGCCGAGGUUAUAAUCUAACCACCAUUAAAAGCAUCACAACUACUGUUCCUGAUGGAUUUGAUUGCCCCAAGAAUUCAACUACAGACUACAUAUCCAACAUGAACUACCCAACAAUAGCAGUAUCAGAAUUGAAAGGCAAGGAAAGUAAGAAAGUAAUCAGAACAGUUACAAAUGUUGGUGGCAAUGGUGAAACAGUUUACACAGUCAGUGUAGACGCACCUGAGGAAGUAGAGGUCAAAGUGAUUCCAGAGAAAUUGAAAUUUGCAAAGAACAAUGAGAAGCAGAGUUAUCAAGUGGUUUUCACCCCAACUGCAUCCACACUGAAGGAAAGAGUCUUUGGUUCAAUCACUUGGACCAAUGGAAAACAUCGAGUCCGAAGUCUAUUUGUCGUCACUAGUGAGAGUAGUGAGCCAUAAGAUUACUUAUAAAACAGUGAACACAUUGCAAGGUCAAAAGUUGUAAUUCUCUAGUCAUCUGUUUCAGUUUGGACUAUGGUACUUUCUGAAUAAAUGUAGUUGGUGUUUUAGAUGUCUAA